ACUUUUUGACGUUUUGCUAUCAGCCGGUCGAUGAAUUUGUUUAUGAAGUACGGUAAAGAUCAGGAAUAUUAACAAGAGAAGUAUGGGGGACUUAUUAGAAGAAGAUCUUGAGUUCCGUGGAGGUACACUACAGCUUUCCUCUGAAAAUUUACCUCCCGAAAAUGCUAACAACCAACGGGAUAAAACUCCAAAUAUUAAUACUAACACUCCAUCGCAUAAUGUAAAUCCUUCUGUGUUAUCUGGAGCAGAUUCUCUUACCUCUUCUUCAUCAUCAUUUGCUGAUGCCAGAACUGAUGGUACCACAAAUGUUCAGGCAAGUCCAGAACCAAACCACGGUGUAUACCCUCGCUAUGAUGUUCCAUUUGACAAGGAUAACAUAAAGGAUUUCUUUACUUUCCGUAAAGGAGUUGUUGAGAAUGCUAUUCAAGAAUGCAUAACUGCUUUGCUUUUCCCGGAGGAUGGUGAAUACUUGGGUUCCUGGCUAUUAACCGAGAUUACUCUGUGGGAUAAUGAAAAAGAGAGGAUUGUUCUCUUAACAUCGAGACUUGUCAUGACAAUAAAAUAUGAUUUCAUAGCUAUGAAGCAGCUUGACUUCAAAAAAACUUAUCUGGAUGAUCUUGAUACAAUAGUUAUCGGAGAACUAGUGUAUCCACCUUCUUCAUUAGUGCCACGGCUUAAUGGUAUAGCUACGGGCGUAACAACAGUUGUCAAAGACUGUGUUAUUGAACGUCUGUGUCGGAGACCCGGUCCUUCAGAAGAAAAUAAACUGUUCGAUUCCAAGUAUUUUGAACCUAGGGAACGCAAUUUACGUGGUGUCCGUUUGAUGUGGAACAAAGGGGAACCAUUGCCAGUGAAAACUGCAUGGAAUCCAUUUAGUCAGGAUGUACCCUUCAUCACCUUUGCUUCACAUCCUAUUUACUGGCAUAAAGAGGGUGGUGUGCAAGAAAGAUCCACAUAUGACAUGGAAUUGUUUGCCCAAAAAUUACAAAGAGCAGUCGAAGCUAUAGGAUCCGCCUGCAUCCAUCACUCCCCUAUAGUGAUCCAGAGCUAUUUGGGACUGACAUCGCUGCUCCACAAUAAGACCAGCAUGGGGUUCUUCAAGGUCAGGGGGAAGUUUAGUUUUUAGGAACACUAUAACACAUAUAUACCAGGCUGUGGAUUCCGUAGUAGAUAUAGUAUUGGGAUUAUAAUAUGUUAACAGUAGUUUUUUUUUUUAUAUGUGAAUAUGGCAAUCUAUUAUGCCAGUGUCAUGUAUUUUUUUAAAUCAAAAUCAGUUUAUAAACAGUAGAUAUUGUAAUUUUUCAUGGUGGUACAUUUCGGUAUAAGUUUUCUCCAACCCUACAAGUAGAUAGAAGUGUAUUGUGGCUUAAUUGUGGUCACAAGAUAUAAAUUAUUGGAGUAUUUGUAUUCUUAAUAAAAAAAGCUAUUCAAAUACAUAUUUCAUAACACAUCAGUGUAUAAAAUGUAAAUUUUUAUCGUUGAUUGUUGCCGUUCUGAUUAUAUUUGUUUUAAUCGUUGAUUGUUGCCGUUCUGAUUAAAUUUAAAUUAACGAUAAAAUCUGUGUUUACACUGAAUAAUAUACAAUGUUGACGGAUCUAGAAGUAAUUAAUACUUAAAUAUUACUUUCAAUUAAAUUGCUUGUUUUGAAUAUUACAUAUACAAGACUUAUUUAUUUGAUUAAUUAUUUAAAUAAUAUUGGUUUAUAUAUUACAUGUUGAAAUUAGUAUUUUUUAAUAUUUUAUGGAAUGUUGAUAUUUUAAAAUUGAUGGAACUAUAUGAUAUAAUUUUAGAAAUGUUGCAAUUAUGUAAAAAAAAUAUUUCCAUAACCGUACAUCUUUUGUGCUAAUCUUUUAGGAUCUAGGUGAAGAGACUCGAAUGGCUCAAUAGUAUUCCUCUCACAUAUGGGACUAUUCUAAGAGAAUUAUAUUUAAAAUAAAAUCGUUAUUCCUCUAUGAUAAUGUAGCUUUUGCAUCAACGCCAUUAUUUAUCAUUUAGUGGAAUUGUAAGGGUUUUCCAUUACACAGUGACGCGUUAGUAAUAUCCCUUUAUUGAAUUUUUUUUUUUACGUUUUUCAUCGUAACGAUAUCGGCCUUUAUAAGUGUAAGUUGUAAUAAAUUUUAUCGUUGUAUGAGUUUUUAAUAAUUGAUAAUAAUUAAUGAAUAAUGUUCAAUGUUUUAAUGAGAUUUAAAUAAAUGUAUUUGCUUGAACGCAAUUUUUAGUGUUAAAUUACAAAUAAAAUUUUCCGAUUCGAA